GGUAGGGAAACGGUUCUCCCUGGUCUCACAUCCCCUCCCUUCCCUGAUUGACAGCUGCUUGAAUCUGCCCACUGGAACCCAGGGAAGGUCACGGAGGCUGAAUGAAGGCUGAUUUCUGUAAGACGUGGGAGACACAGAAAGGCCUUAUGCACAGGAGCGCUCCACAAGGCCCUGCUUGGUAUCAGUAACUCUCAGGAAAGUCUUUAAUGUGAAAUGUAGCUAGUGAAUAACACUUUUGUAUCUGGACAACUUAUCCAACAUUCAGUAAAUACUGAACAUGUACCGCAUGCUUUGCACUGGAGACACAGCCAUGCAGACGGCCGACAAGGUCCUGCUGUCACGAAGCUCACCUUUCAGGGGACUGAAUAAAUAAGAAUGCCAGAGAGUGAGAAGUGCUGUGAGAUGAUGCAGAAGGGCUUGGAAGGGCUGUAUCACAGAGGGCAUUGACAGAAGGCCUCUUUGCGGGGGUGACACUUGAACUGAGACCCGAAUGACAGGAGGGAUCCAGCCAGGUGGAGACCUGAAGACAGCUGCUCCGGGUGGAGGCUCCAGGUGGUGUUCCUGAGGAAACAGCAUGUGCAAAGGCCCUGAGGCGGGAGCAAAGAAGCGCACUGUUCCAGGAGAAGCUGUAUCCAGCAUGCUCCACGGCCACAGCCCGGUGUCCCAGGCCCUGCUGGGGACCUUCUUCACCUGGGGGUUGACGGCGGCCGGGGCGGCCCUCGUAUUCGUCUUCUCUAGCGGACAGAGGCGGAUCUUAGAUGGAAGCCUUGGCUUUGCUGCAGGGGUAGCUGAGGCCAAGAAGCAAGGCUCUGAGCCGACACAGUGGUAGAGAGAGUGUUGGGACUGGGUCUGGGAGUCGUGAGCCCUGGUUGUGUUUCUAGCUCCUUCCAAUCCGCAUGAUUAGCGGCAAGUCCUGUAACCUCCAGGCAAGCAUCUCAGGGCUCCACCGAGACUGAAAUCCUUCCCCUUCUUCCAGGAUGGGAGGAAGAAUCCAGUCACGACCGUGUAAUGCUUCUGUGCCCUCCAGAGCCAAGAGAGAGCAAAAUACCAGGACGACAAACACUGUAAUAGCUUGCCCGUGGAAGCUGAUCUUUGCUGUCAGGCUGCCCUGCCUUUUAAUCCCCACAUCUGACUCUGGCUGGAGGCCAGGAGCUGAUUCUUCAUGGAAUAGAACCAUCCCACCCAUGGAGGUUCGGCUGCCCUAGAGAAUCGUGAAGUUGACAAGCGGUGUGUGUAGGGAGGGUUCAUCUUACCUGCCACGGAUUUUCUUUUCUCUCCUUUUUCUGCUAUAGGAGAUUUUUUUUGGGGGAAACCUUUCUGUUUCUGAAACUGUUUCUGGUCUUCUGUGAAGAAAUCAACCACGACAGCCCUGGGGCUAAGUGAGUUAGUUCUCCAGGAGGGUGGAAAGAAUAUGUAUCUGUUAAAGGCAUAAACAAGGGGAAAAUGGAUUAGUAUUGUAUUUAAAGCGGAGGAAGGGGCACAGAGUCAUUGCCUGUGCAUAAGCUUUAAGUAGAUUACCUAUUGCAAAAUGUGCGGCAUUUUGUGAUUAUGCAUAAAAGAACCCGUGGGGAGUGGGGUGACCGUCUGCUAACUUGAGAGAACACUUGCAUCUUGUGGGCUCGUGAGCCCCAAAUACUAUUUUGUGACAUUGGUUUAUGGCUUCAUAUUUUUCAAAACCCCUUCCCAUCCAUUACCUCGUCUGACCCACAGUAGUCCUAUAGCUUGUUUUUAUUAUUUGCAUAUAAUAAUGAGGAGUUUUCUCUGUUCCACGCUGGACUCCUUUGUCUGACUUGUGCAUGGGAUGCUUAAAGUGGGAGGGGAAAAGAAGGGAGCCUCCAGUGGUCUUCCUGAUACUUCCGGCCGAACUCGCCCACCCAGGGUGUGCCUGGCACUGUUUUAGGCACUGGGGAUAAAACAGUAAGCAAAGCAAACAAAAAUUCCCGCCCUCCUAGGACUGCCGUUCUGGCUGAGAGCCACGUGAUAAAUGCUACAGUGAAACUUAGGGUGUGUCUGACAGAGAUACGUGCCAUGGACAAUAGUAAAGGAAAGGGGGAGAGAAGAGAGUGCCCUGGCUGGGGCAGGGGAGGGGGGUGGCAGGAGUCAUGUGUAGUGCGGUUUCAGAAGGAAGAAUAUGGGAGGAGUCUAAGGAAGUACCCCUAACGUGAGGAAGGCUCUCAAUAAAGUUUUCUUG